UGACAGCCCAGUCGUCCUUUUUUAAUUUGGCUAAGCUUUCCCCUUCGAUUAGCAUAUUAAGUCCAAAUUCCCAACGCACCGGGAGGCUUUUCUCUCCCAUUUUCAGAACCUAAUAGCAAUCAGGCCGGAGGAAUCUCACGUGAUGGCGUCGAAGCGAAUCUUGAAGGAGCUCAAGGAUCUCCAGAAGGAUCCUCCUACGUCUUGCAGUGCUGGCCCAGUUGCUGAAGACAUGUUUCAUUGGCAAGCAACAAUUUUGGGUCCUAAUGACAGUCCAUAUGCGGGUGGAGUUUUCCUAGUCACUAUUCAUUUUCCUCCAGACUACCCAUUUAAACCACCCAAGGUUGCUUUCAGGACAAAGGUCUUUCACCCCAAUAUCAAUAGCAAUGGGAGCAUUUGUCUUGAUAUUUUGAAGGAACAGUGGAGUCCUGCCCUCACCAUAUCCAAGGUGUUGCUGUCUAUCUGUUCACUUCUGACGGACCCAAAUCCGGAUGACCCUCUGGUGCCGGAAAUUGCCCAUAUGUACAAGACUGACCGGAGCAAGUACGAGACAACUGCAAGAAGCUGGACCCAGAAGUUUGCUAUGGGUUAGUGGGCUGCUUUGUGUGGUAUAGGAGAGAUCUGCUUUCCCAAAUGGCUUUGGUCUUUUUAUAGUAUUAAAAAAAGUUGGACGGACCAUUACGUGCUAUGCUGGUAGGGUGUGUGGGCCUUUGGACAAAUGAAAAAGUAAAAUAAUAUACCUUGUUUGUUUA